AUGUCAUCGUUUAAUCAAAUUCAAUCGGCAUGUAGUGCACUAGGUUAUUAUGAUGGAAAAUCGUAUUUAAAAGAUGAAGAUUGCGAGGAUGCUCUACGUGUAUUGAUUCGUUGCCUACGUUUUGAAAAUGAGAAAAAAGAUUCGAGAAUUCAAAUGUUAGAGUCAAAAAUAAUUGAAAACGAUUUGAUACCAAUACUAGUUUAUUUAGGCAAUGACAAUGAUACAAAAACUGUUAAUUUAACUUUUAAACUACUGGUCAAUUUAACAAAACCACCGUUGCACUUGGCUAAUGAAAAAUUGUUUCAAUGUAUGGUCAAUAAAUUACGACCAGUGUUAGAAAAAGAAUGGCUCGAUCGAACAGACGAUGAUGAUUUUAUAUUACAUGCUGUCUUUACAUGUGUACGUAAUAUUUUAUCAAUUCGACCAGAACGUACGUCCGAAGAAAAUGAUGUUGAUGCUCAUGAUCUUGUUUUAUGGUCUAUUCAUACGAGUGGAAUGGAAGACUUACUACUUUACAUUGGAAAUAAUACUCAAAGUGAUGAACGUAUUAUGAAUAUCUUAGAAAUUGUUGUUUUUAUGUUAAGAGAACAGUCAGCCGAAGAACUAGCACGUGCCGGUGAACAGCAAACAAAGAGCAAACGAGAAAAAGAUAAUGAUGCACUAGCCGUUUUGUAUGAACGAGAAUCCACACAAAAACAACAAAUGUUAAAAUUAACGACAAGCCGCUCAGUAUUAGGUGGUGCUACUUAUGUAAUUUCAAAUGCUAAAGGUAUUGGUGAAAAUCAAUUGAUAUGUCAUCGUCCUUUACAAAGUAUGAAUGCAAUUGAAUUUGAUCGUGAAAAAAAACGUGUUCGUAAACCAAAAAAUCGUGCACCGAUGAAACAAGAAAUUGAUGUUAAUCAUCAUUCUGCAUUAAGUAUAAGAUUAUUUCUGAAAGAAUUUUGUUUAGUGAUGAAACAAGUUUCUUUUGGGCAAUAUGCUUUUUUACGGAAUUUAAUCGUUACUCACAUCAAACAAUCGAUCGAAUUAGGCAAUGAAACAAUGCAAAUGAAUGCAUUUCAUCUGAUACAUACAAAAAUAGAUCAUUAUCGUGAAAUGAUUAAAGUUGAUAAAAAAGAUUCGAAACUAUGGGGGAAAAGGCUACAAAUUGCAUUUAGUGCAUUUAAAGAAUAUAUUUUAUGUAUAAAAGCUAUGCUAGCAAAUUCAGACGAAUCAAUUCGACGAGCAGCAAACAUAAUGAAAAGUAGUAUAACAAUAACGUUAAAUGAAAGUGCAAAAUUGGGAAUAUUUUGUAUUUUAGAUAAGAUAUUUUAUGUACAAGAAUAUCGUGAACAAAUUUUAAAUCUUUUAAAAGAGUUUGAUAAUACAAAAAUGAGCGAUACAUAUUUACGUAAUCUAAUUGAAAGUACUCAUGAAUUUUUAAAAUUACUCGAAGAACAUACAACGAAUGGAAAACAUUUAUUUGUACAAAAACGUAAACGAGAACGAAAAAACAAGAAAUCGGUAACAAAGAAAAGUUCGACAAAAACAAAAACAACAGUUGAAAUGUCAAGGGAUGAACCCAAUAGUGAGGAACUUGAACGUGAUUGGGAAGAAAAUGUCGCUGGACAAUUAUCAAGUUUACUUCAAGGCAUACAAGAAUUACAAAUAUCACAUACAGAAAUAUCACCCUUUGAUCCACUAUCAAUUAUACCAGUUGAUGAUCAAAGUAUUAUUGCUGUUGGACGUAUUCAGAAAGCGAUGCGAAUGAAAAAUAUUGACGAAGCAGUAGCGCUCUUUCGUGCAUCAAGAGAAGUAUGGCGACAAGAACCGGCGUUUGGUUUCGAUGGAAUUGAUUCCGAAGAAGAAUUUAAUUUGUUUCGUGAAAUUUUUAUGUCAAAAAUCAAUGUUCCUCUCCCACAAUCACCGAAUGCAAAGGAUGAAAUUCAGGAUAUUAAUGACGAAGAACAACAUGAUGAAGAAGGAAUAAAAGAAGAAGAAACGGAUAUUGUUGAACGAGAAGAAGAGUUUGAUAUUAAAAGGUUUAUUAUGUGUUUCGCUCAUUCUAAUGUGCUAUGUUCGUAUAUUGAUAUAUUAAAGUCAUAUUCAACAAAUUCAUUAUAUUUAAAUCAUUGUAUAAUUCGAAUGUUUUAUCGUAUAUCAAUUGAUUGUGAUUAUGCUGGAAUACUCUUUCAAAUGUCAUUGUUUCGUAUUAUACAAAAUUUUUAUGUUGAUCCAUUAGCUAAAUGUGAACAAUAUACAGAAUUUUUUCAAUUUAGUAAAUGGUUAUUACGAAAAUUUUUUUCAACAAUCGAAAAAAAUCCAUUAAUUUAUGGUGAGCUAUUAUUUUGGAAAGAUCGAAGUGUUAUAGAAGAAUUACUCGAUGGUCACAAACCUUUGACAGACAAAGGAAAUGUAGCAUGGACAGAAGAACAGCAAGAUGAAUUAAAAGAUUUAUUUUUAAAAAUUAAAUUGAAUUCAAAUGAUAUAAAUCAUGAAAAUGGAGAUAUAGUCGAUCAGAUAAUGAGAGACUUUAGUUGUAAAAAUAAAACAAGAAAACAAAUUAUAAAAGAAUUAAAAUGUCUACAGUUAAUUCAGAAUGUUAAAGAAUUAAAAUUGUCAUCAAAACGCAUACGUAAAGAGAAGAAAGAAAAAAGUGAAAAAGGCAAAAAGUCUCGAAAAAAAAAUCUUGAUCUCUUUACUGAAGUACCCGAUGAUGAAAAUAAACAAUUAUCUCCAUUACGAACAACAUCUGACAUAGAUGAAUCUUUGAGUGAUACUGAUCGUAAGGACGAAUGGAUAGAUGAAACAGAUGUAGAAGAUGAGACAGAUACAAUUGAUGAAACAAAUCAUCUGAAACUUAACGGUAUUAACAAUUUUACACAACAAACACAAGAUGAAAAGAAUGAUCCAGAUGAAUUAAAUAGUGUCAUUUAUUUUACGGCGUCAAUGUUAGCACAAAAUGGAAAUGAAAAAAUUGUUGAAAUGAUUAAAAUAAAAUUUGAAGAGAAAAUAAAUGACAGUGAUACUGAUCAUAUACGAAUAGUUAUCGAUGAUCAAUUUGAUGAAAAUAAUUUGAUUAAUGAAUUAUUAGCUACAAUGAAUUUUUCAAUUAUUAAUAAUAGAUGGAUAUGGAAUGACCGUUUAACAUCUGCACGGAAACAUGUUGAACUUUUAAAUGAUGCAUUACAAAGGAGAGAGAAAAAACAAGAUCCCCGAAAACUAUUGAAAGAAAAUGAUAGUGAUGAUGAAGAUGAAACAUUGAGCGUGAUCAUUCCGCCAACAAAACCAUUAUCCAAUGUAAAACAAGUUCGACAUUUUUCGUCAUUAUUAAGCGAUGAAGAGGAUAAUAAUGAAAAUAAUAGAGAACAAACAAAAAAAUUUCGUAGACAAAUAGCAUCAAGUGAUGAAGAUUGA